ACCGCGGAGGGGAGGGUUAUUUUACGAUGGGGGGCGGGUGAGAGACAGGAGGGGAAAUUAUGGCGGGAGAGACAAAAACGGCUUCCGAAUGGCCCCAUCAUGGCUGCCACCUCCUGUUACGGGUUGUGGUUCUUUCGAUCCUGGCGCGCGGCUCCGAUGGAGAUGUAGUGUUACUUAGAGAACAUCAACCAUAUCUACGUGAUUCCUCUGAACAGUUUUGCUAUUCAAAUAAAAUGAUCCCAAAAUGGCAUGAUAUAUGGACCAAAAUUCAGAUCCGAAUAAACAGCACCAAGGUAAUCCGUGUCAUCCAAGUUGAAAGUGAGGAGAAGCUGAAAGAACUGGAUGGAUUUAGUUUAUGGAUGUAUAUUGGCUUGCUCUUCAAAGAGAAGCUUAAUGAUACUUACAUUAAUGUUGACAUUUUCAGUAAAGAAACCUGCUUGAAAGUCGAGAUAUUAGACCCAGACUCCAAAUAUACCAUCAGCGUUACUCGAACACUUGAUCCCAAACUCUUCAUUGUUACAUUUCUGGGCCUGCUGCUGUUUUUCUGUGGUGAUUUGAUGAGUAGAAGUUCAAUCUUCUUCUAUUCAACUGGAAUAAGCAUUGGCGUACUGAGUUCAUUGCUCAUUGUUAUCUACGUACUAUCCAGAUUUGUACCCAAGAAGAGCCCUAUCUAUCUCAUGAUUCUGGGUGGCUGGUCUUUUUCUAUUUACCUUACCCAGUUGGCCUUCAGAAAUCUUCAAGAAAUAUGUACAUUAUACUGGGAAUAUCUACUUGGCUACCUGGUCAUCGUAGGGUGUAUAAGCUUUGCUGUGUGCUACAAAUAUGGCCCUCUGGAGAAUGAACGGAACAUAAAUCUCCUCACUUGGGGUCUGCAGACUUUCGGCUUGCUGCUCCUUUAUAUGAGCAUUCAGAUACGAUAUAUUGGCGUCAUCUUGAUUGUAACUGCAAUCUGCACUAAAAACCUGGAGUACCCUGUCAUAUGGGCCUAUGCCAUCUACAGCAGGAAGCUGUUCACAGCUCCAGAAAAGCCCACCCCACCACGCCUGUUGACCGAGGAAGAAUAUCGGAUCCAGGGGGAAGUAGAGACACGCAAAGCCUUGGAACAAUUGCGGGAGUACUGCCAAAGUCCAGAGUUCUCUGCGUGGAAAGCAGUCUCCCGCAUCCAGACUCCAAAAAGAUUUGCUGAUUUCAUAGAAGGUGCCUCACAUGUCGUUCCCAACGAGGUUUCUGUCCAUGAGCAGGAGUAUGGGUUGGGGGGUUCCUUUCUAGAGAAUCAGCUCUUUGAAGAGGAAGAUGAGGAAGAUGACACCAGUUUUGACGAGGAGGAUUGUACAGAGACACCGUGGCCCCAGAAUCACUUACAUUUUCAAGAUAAAACUGGCCACUGUUGAUGCAAGUGGAUUGAUUGAUGCCCCUUAUUGAGCACGUCUGCUGUUACAAUUGAGGAUUGCUAUAGAAAAGCCUUUUCUGUGUAGCAUUGCUUAAGUAGCAGCGUAGGCUUCACAAUCUCUUGAGAGAAAGGAGUUUGACAGGGCUCUAAAGCCCUGCCAUCUAUUCCAGACCCAUGACACGAUCAUGAACUGCAACAUACUUGGCAUGUACUUCAAGAUCCUUGACUAAAUAUCUUAACUCCAAGCUGGUCAGAACCUACAGCUAUUAGCUGUGAGUAGCCUAAGGAGGAGGAAUAUGGAGAGCUUGUAAAUCGUUACUGAAAGCCAGUGAAAAAUGACAAAUUAUUUUGCCCUGAUAAAAACAGGCUACCUGAAGAAAGGUUUGAAAGUCCAGGUGAAUUUGAUAGAUAUAUCCUGGGAAACAAUAGCUGCUGCCCUUUGAUUUUCCAGGGUACCAACGAAGUUUUGAGAGCGUGCUGCUCUUCCUCCAGUGGCUAUGCUUUUCACUUGUUGGCUUAAAUAUUGUUUCCUGGGUUGAGUACACUGAAGGUGUGAGGCUACUGCUUGUUGCAGAAUGUGUGAUGAGCUUGCUGGGAGCCAGUAAGUCACUAGGUCUCCCAAGGAGAUUCUUUCGUCCUAUACAUGGUAAUUGCACAAAUAGAAAUAUUUUUAAUUAUAUACCUUGAGAAGGGGGUUGCUUCAACUAAAAUACUUCCUGUAGACAUCACAGGAUGUUCCCUGUUUUAACUUAUUUGUGGCCUUUUUGGUGGGGCUGUGUAAAACUGACUGUACCAGAUAUGAGCCACUUUCAAUUUGAAGAAUUAAUUUCUGAAAGGCUGGAGUGGAGGUUCCAGAAUGGUUUGAAGAAAAAAACAAAUCUGAAAUGCUGGAAUUUUUUUUUUACAAAACUGCUUUUUGGGAAUCCAAAACUUUGUGAUCUUCAGCAAACCCACAAUGGCUCAGAUUUAAAUCGUCUUGUUUUUACCUGAAAGUCCUCAAUAAUACUGUAAUCCUGCGAGAAAAUUCAAUUGCAUCUGAAUGAGGACACCGCAAUAAAUUCAUAGUAGGUGCUUACAUGCAAUACCUGCCCAAAAUGUUUGUAUUUAUAGCCAUCCAAUUUUUAUUAACUGAUAAAUUGGUCACGAAGUUGUGCUUUUAAGUUUCUGUUGCUGCCCCCAUCCUUAACAGGAUUGAAAGAGCUCUAAUAAUCCAUUCUAUUUUCAGGCCCUGUCAGCUUCCUAGUCACUAAAGUUUGGUUUGGUUACACUAGUUCAGUUUGGUUACAUAAGGAUCUGUUAUUUUAACUAUCGGUAGGAUUAGAGUUGGUUCCAAAAACCAGAAGACAGGGAAAACCUAUCAAACAAUAAAGUUGACAUACUAUAUUUUUCCUGUCCAUUUGAAGUGUUAAGAAAAAGCUAUGGUCCUUGCUAUAUGCAUGCCAAAUGUGUAAAAUGUUAAAACCAAUCUGAAAUAACGAGGAUAAAAGAUUUAAUUUAUGCAGUACAUCUUUACUUAAUUUGGGAUACAAACCAUGAAGGUGUUUUGAAUAGAAUAAAAUCUUCCCAAAUGGUCAAAGCUAAUACAGACAUAACUGAAUUUUUAGACUGAAUAAAUGGAGAGUACUUUAGUAUUUUCUAACUUGACUUGUGAAAUUUUUUUAAUAAAAGUAUUUUUUUGUAUAGUAGAAAA